AUGGAUCACUACACCGUUAACUCCUGGAGAGAGGGCAGGGCUCUGGGUAACAUCGACUUCAUCUCAGACUAUUUUAACGUCUUAACGGAGUGGGUGCAUCAGAAGAGAAACGUCAAAGAUAACUUGGAGAAGCAGCUGAUUUGUUCCAUCUGCCUGGAAACAUUUACCAAAACAGUGGGCAUUUUACCGUGGCAACACAACCUCUGUACAAAGUGUGCCAAUGAUAUCUUUAAGGCCUCCAACCCAUACCUCCCAACCAGAGGGGGGUCAGUGACCUCCGGUGGCCGUUUCCGGUGCCGGUCCUACAGGCACGAGGUGGUCCUGGACCACCACACGGUCUACGGGCUCCAGAGGAACCUGCUGGUGGACAACAUCAUCAACAUGUUCAAACAGGAGUCCACCAGGUGAAAGAGUCGUACACUAUAGGAGUCCAAAGGAAAAAUAAUACUUCCGGUACCUGGACUUUGCUUUCCAACCAAGGUGCAUGAACAGAUGAGAAAACUGGGGGGAAACUAUUUGCUCCAUGUACUCGCUAGCUUGUUACAGGUACGGUACAGUUCGUAUUACAGUAAUCAUUUAAAAACGUAAUUAUUAAAGAAAGUAACCACCGUCUCAGAUAGACACCACCACCACCAUCAUCACUACCAUAAGUGGUCCAAUUUGCAGGAUCCUACUAUACCACAGACUGAAAGCACAGACAUCCAGUUACUCAAUUUUGUGACUUUCGGCCAAAAUCCAUUUCUAUGUGUAAUUUCCUUAGCUUCCUUUAUUCCAUUACCAGGCUUUAAACUACUUCCAAUAUGUCACUGAAUUUCCUACAAGAAGACAGAACAGUGAAUUCUAAAAGGUGUUCAGUUAGGGCAUUGAACAGGGAAUUCUAGAAGUAGGUCAGUUAGGGCAUUGAACAGUGAGAUACUCAUAAUGAUAGCAAUGUGACAUUUUCUCUUCUGAUAGAAAUAUUAAAAACUCAUACAACCUACACGUAAAACGUGUUAAAACUGUUCUCAGGGGAAAAAGUCCUGGUGCCACUCAUACUGAAUGUUUUCUUCAAUAUUGACUACUUUUCUCACCUUGUUUACCAG